UGUUGGCAAGGAAAAUAUUAAUGGCGGACAGGUGACAAGAAAGUUCGUAAAAAGUAAAUUUACUGUUGUAUGCAAAAGUUUUGUAUUAUUUAAAAGGAUAAGAGUCUUCAUCAGCUAAUGUAGCCGUUAAGGAUUAUAGGCCGAUUGUUAAAUUCAUGCUUUAUCUUGAAUUUUAAUUUUACCUAGAUAUUGCGAGUGCGAAAGUUUAAAUAAAAAUAUUGAUACUGUGCAGUAUUCCAACAUGUUUUGAAACACGAAGGAAACAAAACGAAAUAUUUAAUGUUGAAAUGUUACACAUGGUGUGGCUAGACAGUAAUACAUGAUAUGUGAUGAACAAGUACGAAAUAUUAGGAGUCGUAGGCGAAGGAGCCUACGGAGUGGUACUGAAAUGUCGUCACAAGGAGUCAGGUGAAAUGGUGGCAGUAAAGAAAUUUAAAGACAGCGAAGAUAAUGAUGAUGUUAAGAGAACUACAGAGAGAGAACUGAACAUGCUGCGAACUUUGAAACAAGAAAAUAUUGUAGAAUUAAGAGAGGCUUUCAGAAGGAGAGGGAAACUGUAUCUUGUUUUUGAAUACGUAGAGAGGAAUAUGUUAGAACUUCUAGAAGACAUGCCAAAUGGUGUACCUGCUGAAAAAGUUAAAACUUACACAUACCAGUUGUGUAAAGCCAUACAAUGGUGCCAUACUCAAGAUAUCAUACAUCGAGAUAUAAAACCAGAGAAUCUAUUGAUCAGUAAAAACGACACACUUAAACUGUGUGAUUUUGGUUUUGCUCGCAGUAUAAAUGCAGGAUUAGUUGGUGUAUAUACAGAUUAUGUAGCCACAAGAUGGUACAGGUCUCCAGAACUUUUACUUGGUGCUGCUUAUGGUAAACCUGUUGACAUAUGGUCCAUAGGUUGUAUACUGGGGGAACUCAGUGAUGGCCAACCUCUUUUUCCAGGAGAGAGUGAAAUUGACCAGUUAUAUGUUAUACAGAAAAUCAUGGGACAGCUGACCCCAGAUCAGAUGAAAAUGUUCUACACAAAUCCUCGAUUUUCUGGUCUUAAGUUUCCUUCUGUAGUCAGGCCACAGACGAUACAGAAACGCUACCAAGGAAUACUCAGUGGUGUCUUGAUAGACUUUAUGGAGAAUACAUUAAAACUAGAACCUGGAGAUAGAUAUACUAUUGAUGACUGCCUUCAACAUCCUGCCUUCCGUACUCAGCAACUUCUCAAUCGUAAUCAACACAUUACCAUUAAACGUUUAAACAAUCAUAGUGCUAGCAAAAAACGCAAAAGUGACUUGACUGACCAAGUUAACAGUGAAAAUUUGAAAAAUUUAAGUAUGACAAGACCUGGAACAGGACCCAAAAAUAAUGAGGACCUUAACAAACGACAGGAAGAGAAAAUGGACACUGAAGAAGAUGUAUAUACUCCUACACCGGCACAAAGUAAAUAUAUCAAACAGGCUAAAAAUGUGUCAAAAAGUAACGCUGAUAAACAAAAUGGUGAACCCAAAGUCAGAAUUGAUAUAGAAAUGAUGGAAAAAGACGAUAAACGCAAAAAUUCUGCUAAACAGAAAGGAAUUACAUUUGCUAGUCAAUCAGAAAAUAUGAAUGGAGAAAUGGAACAGGAAAAAAUGUUUAACAUUGAAAAGUCUGUAGUAGUGCAAAAUGGGAGAGCCUCUCCUCCCGCAAAAUCAAUUAUACCACGGACACCAAAAGAUAAAAAAUUUACCAUAGAAAAUGUGGAUUCUAAAGCCAAUGUAGAUAAGUUUGAAACAGAAAAGAUGUAUCAGUUAGAUAGAACUAAUGCUGAAUUCAAAUACUUCAACAAUGUGUCGUUAGAAUCACGGACGGACGUUAGUGAAGACGAAACAAUGUCCAAGGACAGCAGUAGUACACCAACAACUGAAGAAUUAGACAUUUCAUUUACAGAAUCUAAAUACCUCAAGAAAAAGACUUCUCCAGAUUUAGAUUUUAGAAUAUAUAAACCUAAAGACAGUACUCCUCCCGAUCAGCCUCCCCCAACGCCUAGAGAUGGCAGGACUAAUAAUACUUACAUAUCUACUAAUAAACCCUCCACUUAUACCGUUAAUGUUCAAGCUCCGAAUACUCUGGCAGACAAACAUGGCAGUCCUCAGCAGGAAAGGAAAAAAUUCUUAGACAAAGCUAUGCAAGAAGAACUCCAAAGAAUAAAGUCAAGUACAUUAGGUCGUAAGAAGGAAAAACCACACCAGGGAUCUUUUAUACAGACAAUAACAGACAGAUUAUCUGAUGCUAAAUUGCAAAAUCAAGACACAAACAUACAACAGUCCAAGUAUAGAGAGAGUAGCUUUAUAAACUAUGGAGGGAAUGGAAUGCAGGUCAACAAACGCAGCAGGAACCAGUACUAUGACGACAACCUUCAGCAAGCUCGUGAAAUUCUUAUAAUGAAAAAUGUUCAGAAUAUCCAGACAGCUCGAGGUACACAGCCUGCAGUGUCUAUAAAACAAAUCCAGCCUCCUGCUCUUAACAGAUCUAAAACACUAGAUAUUGGUUUCCACAGAGAACCAACCAAUCAAGCAGUUCAAGCUAGACCACAUACAAAAUACAUGAACCUGAACCCUGAACCAGUGACAUCACAGACGACCUAUAAUAAUAGAACUUAUGGUCAAGAGACUUCAUGGCGACCUGUUGAAAACACGGAACUACAUUCAGGUUCUGUUAUGCAUCAACUUGCCAAGAAAAAAAAGAAAAAGAAAUUUUUACAGAUAUUAGCCAAUGAUAAUAUGGGAAGAGUAACUCCAACCAGUCGGUUUAAUCCGUCACGGACAACAAGUCGGAUAGAUUUUGAUCAGAUGGAUGAGGAUUCCUGUGAGGCUCAGAUAUCUGCCAGAGAACCUCUACAAAACAGAGAUUACAUGUCAAAGGAUAUGUAUGAAAGCAAAUACGGCAAACAAAUAUCACUACGGAAAAGAACAAAGACACCAAUAGACAAGAAUCCUCGAUUACAACCAUUACAAAAAUCAUCUGGAGUUCAUCUACUACAUCUAAAUACCCAUCAAUCAACAUUGACAGGGAUGGACCAAGUUUGGCAUCACAAUAAAUCUGAAUCAGACACACGCCUUACAGGGGUGGACCUUAGACCAGGCUGGUUAUCUAGGCCUGGGUCCGUAUUAGACGAUAAUCAGGACUUUUACUCACCACGAGAACCGGGGGAAUUAAGACCUUUAAAAAGUGGAAAGGGCAAACCACACAUUGAUUAUAGAGGCAGGGAUAACACUUAAAUGUAUGUCAUAUGUUUUGUAGUAGAAUGAAUGUUCAGCAAGGACAAAUGAAGGAAGGAACGUCGUUUCAGGAAAGAAAUCUUAAUAAGAUCAAAUAAAACUGAUCUUUCUUGUAAAUGCCUGACCCAAUUUACCAAAUUUUGUAAAGAGAAAUAAAAAGAACUUGAUUAAAACUGUUAAUAUAAAAAUCCUUAAUAUUCUAUUUAAAAAUUUUCAAGCUAUCUUCCAUUUGGAUAUGGUCAAGCUAUCUUCGGGUCCGAGAUGGUAAAGAAUUAUCUUUCAUUGAGAGAUGGUCAAGCUGUUUUCCAUUGGGAGAUGGUCAAGCUAUUUUCUGUUUGAGAGAAAGUACAGCAUUAUUUGGAGAUGGUCAAGUAUUGGAACUUUGAUAACCUUUUUUGACAAUUACUAACAAUAACACUACCAUAUUUGGAGUAAAAGUAAUGUAAAUUUCUGUGAUUAAAACAAUGUUAGUAUACUGAUACUAUAUUAUGAACCACUUAUAUUGAGAUUAUAAAAGAAAGAAUCAAAGUUUAACAACAAAUGGGAAAUAUUUGCCUCUUUUUUAUGUACUUUAGUACAUUGACUUGUAACAGCCUUCAUUGUAUGAUAGUAUUAAAGUGAUUGUAUCAUAGACUGAUGAUUGGAGGGAGAAUAUCAUUUCUAUAAUAAAGUAUAUAUUACCAAAGUAUAUUGUAAUAAUAUUGUCAAAUCUAAUGGAUUGAUACACACUACAAAAGAAUGUAGAGAAAAUUUCCUAAAUUAAGAUUCUUACCAUGGAUAAGUACCUUUAUUUUAUUUAAAUAUCAAUACUUUUAUAUGCUGGUAUUUAUUUUACUACAUCCAAUUUGGGUUUGUAUCAAACAUUUGAUGGAAAUUUGAAAUAUAAUGUAUAAAAUUGUCUGCAUACCUGACAUCAGAACUUCUACUCAAACCAAUGCAUCAAUGUAGGGGCUGUCUUAAAAUUGCAGCGAAGUGAUUGUUUUUGCUCUAUGAUGAAGACCUGACUGUGACUUUGAGAUGAAGAACAGCAAUCAUAAUGCUGUUUCCUUGUUAUGGUGUUUUUAUGUAUGAGUAGUGAUUUUGUGUCAUAAAUUUAUACACCAUAUCCUUUUCUUUUUCAUUUGAAGAGAACAACCCCUUGGUCAUUUAAGUAAAGGCAUGUGAAUCUCAGAAGGAAGAAAAUUCAAGUGAUCUCAUACUUUUGUAAUAACUGUUUUUAUUUCAUUUUUAGUCACAAUAAACAAAGUCGUUAAAGGCUGAAUUGAAAUAUUUAGGAGAGCAUUUUUGACCACUUUAUUGUCCCCAGCAUAACGUGUGGCGGGGGACAUGGAAAUACCGGGCGUCCGUCCAGUCUUGUUGGCGCUCUCACGGGGACAACUCUUGCCAGAUUUUUAUAGAACUUGUACUAUAGGUUAAUAUCAGCAAUAUCUCGGACAAGUUAUAUAAUGGUGGCCGAUCAACUUUUUUAUAAAAGAGUUAUGCCCCUUGGAAAUAUUAAAUUUAUGGAAAAUGGCCUCAUUAGCGCUCUCACAGGUACAAUUCUUGCCAGAUUUUUAUAAAACUUAUACUUAGGUAAAUAUCAGCAAUAUCUCGGACAAGUUCUCUAAUGGUGGCCGAUCGACUUUUUUUAAAAGAGUAAUGUCCCUUGGAAAUAUUAAAUUUAUGGAAAAUGGCCUCAAUAACGCUCCAAAAAAAAAGUGUUUUAUUUAGUUAUUGCCCUUGUACCUUGGAUAGAUAAAAUAUGUGCAAUGCGGGGGACAUUGGAACUCUGUUCUUUUAUUUAAGAUUAUAAAUAGAGAGCUAUUUUAGGUAAUGAAAAAAGUGCUAUUUAUGUGGAGCUCUCUGUAAAAUUAGUGAUAAUGUCAUGAAGUGGACUAAAUUGUCUCUCCUUCCUUGAUAAAAAAUAUUAUUGAUUUCAUAAUGAAAUAGUGGAGUUUCAUUAUUCUUACAAUUAAAAAUUUUGUCACAGAACAUUUUGGAUCCUAGGUUGUGGUUCUAAAGCUCUUAGGUCCAUUAAAUGCAAAAAAUCAACAUAUAAUGACAACAUCUCCAAAAUGUGCUGGUUUUGAAUCCCAUGAUGUAUAUUUUGAAGAGAUUGUUUUAACAUAGCAUCAAUUUGUGGCUAUUGAAAUGGAUUCAUUUAAGAACCAAAUUGUGGCCUUUUUGGUAUACGGGUACAUGAUGAAGUUGAAAUUACUAACCAUAUAUCCCCAAAAGUGAACUUGUUCUUUCCACAUUGUGUAAUGAUUUCCUGUGAACUGAAAUUGUCACUAAAUUUUUCUGUGACUGACCAUCAUUGACCAUCAUGUAUGCAGAUAAUUUGUACAGAUAUAUGAAUUGUGUUCAUUUUAUUUCAUUAUUGCUGAAAUGCUUUAACUUGUAUCUUGUGAUAUCAGUUUUAUACAACAUCUAGUGUUUAACUUGUAUCUUGUGAUAUCAGUUUUAUACAACAUCUAGUGUUUAACUUGUAUCUUGUGAUAUCAGUUUUAUACACCAUCCAGUGUUUAACUUGUAUCUUGUGAUAUCAGUUUUAUACAGCAUCUAGUGUUUUGAUAAUAGUACCUAAUAGACAUAUGUGAUAUAGAAUUUAUACAGUUUUAUAUUUUGUUUUAUCAUAUCAAAUUGUUGCUUUUAUUUAUUUGUAAAAUGGCCAUGAAUUUUAUUGUUUUAUAAAUUUCCUUAUUCUGAUAGUGUUAUAGAUUGAAAAUGUUUGUAAUCUUUGAACCAAACUUGGGGACAAAUUUUAAGCAGCAUCAUUUUGAAGAUACACUCCAUAUAUGAAUCAUGUUUGACAUAUUUGUAGUCACAAAUCAAAUAAUAUUUUCAGUAUAGCUGACCUACUUUUAACCUAUUUUAAGGUUAUCUGAUGACAAGCAAAGGCCAUAAGAAAAUUGUGAUAAAAUUGUUUUGAUAUAUUCAUCAGUUAACACAUACUAGAUCUGAAUGAUACCAAGGUCAUUUCUGGAAAAAUAUAUCUGUUAAUGGCAGGUCAUUUAUUGUUUCUUUUUAAUUUUAGGACUUGGAUGUUUUGAACUUGACAUAUUGUAAAGUCACCUGUCUUGUUGAAGACUGUAUGUUGCCCUCAAGAUUUUUUUUCCCUAGGGUUGCGGUCUUAUUGACACAUACCCCACAUCUUCGUAACAUAUAUUUUUUUUAACAGUUUAUUAUUUAUUUCAUAGAUGCAUGAUUCAUUUAUGGACUGAUACUUCUAAAAGGCUCUAUUCUAACUGAUCUAUAGUAACAAGCAUUAUAUUUACACACAGUAUACUCAGUUUAUGGAAAUCUUCAGUAUUAUAAUUUAUAUGUAUGUGAUUCUACCUCAGUUAAAAAGGAUCCAUUGCUUUAAUAUUAUCUAAAAACUUAUAACUUAGUGAGAUAGCAUUUUACAACUUGUUUUAUUGGAGAUUAAUCAGAAAGAAAUAUUAUUUUCGAAUGAAUUUAACUCAGGUUCUUAUUCUGUUUCAUAUGAGAUUUUAGUAUUACAUUUCUACAAGUACUUUUUCCUUUAGUUUAUACUCAGUUACACAUAUCACUUUAAACCUUAGAACUACUGUAAACUGUUUUCUAACACAGUGACAACUGUUGUAUCUUUUGCAGCAUUUUCCAUGUAUUAUCAUUUAGGUAUGUUAUACUGAUUCUCUAUAUACAUUAUUGGUAUCUCUUUAUUUUUAAGACAUUAAAUCUAAUGAGUAAAAACAUCAAUACAUUUGUUGAAGUAGUAUCUCAGGAUGUUUUGAAAGGAAAUAAGCAUUGAAUUUAUACAUUGACAGUUUUCUCUUUAAAUGCAAAAAAAAAUGUCUAUAUACAGUCCAGAAAGUAUAACCUUGUAAUAGAUGACUUUGAUACAUACUAGAUUAAUUUAUAUGCUGCAACAUUGUCCCUAUACAAAUAUUUAUACAUUGAAACCGUCCAUAAAUAUUUAUGUGCCAUUGUUAUAUUAAGGAUGAAUAAAUUAAAAUGAUACUAA